AUGCGCUUCAUCACCUCGGUGAACAUUUGCUGCUGUGCCCUGGUGCGCGGCGCGACCGCAGUAACAGCAAAUCGACCGGGUUCACUGCCUGGGCCGAAUUCAGGCCUUACCAUCUCUUUCGACGACGAAAAUUAUUCAAGCGAUUCGGAGAAACCAAAAGGGGAUAUUGAAUCUAUGAUGGGACUGCACUCUGCCACGGGACCAGCAGAGAGAACAUUUCGAGUGGUCAUGUGUGGAGAAGCAGCAGUGGGGAAAAGCAGUUUGGUAAUGAGACUUGUCAGCGGAAAGCACUGCGACAACCUUCCUAGCACGCUCGGGGUUGAUUUUUAUGUGAAAACUGUUUGUGUGGAUGGUAGGAACGUAGCACUUCAACUGUGGGACACUGCUGGACAGGAAAGGUUCCGCUCAUUAUGUAAGUCAUACUUCCGGCGUGCAGAUGGUGCCAUUUUGGUGUACGACGUUUCUUCUGAACGUUCUUUCAUAAAAGUACGCGACUGGAUUGACACCAUCAAGGAUUCAGUAGAAAGACAAAUUCCUGUCAUCCUGGUUGGCAACAAGUGUGAUCUUCGGCAUCAGUUUAGUGAGGUCGUCUCGAACCACGAAGGAGCUACACUUGCCGCCAAAAUGGGAGUUUUGUUCAUGGAAACGAGUGCCCUAGAUGGAAGCAACGUUGAUGGUUCUAUGUUGGCUUUGACCAGCUGCCGUUUGCAUGCGUGUUUCCACUUCCUGAGAAUGGCAUGCUACAAACUUGAGGCGAACAAAGAAGGAAAUAGGCAUGCGGAGGAGUCAUAA